CGCGUUUUUCACCGGAUGCUCGCCCUCUGGUGUUUAAAAACAGAACUACUCUAUCUGGGUCGUUUGAAUGUUCUUCGUAUAUUGUCAACAGUAGAGAUGAAUAGUAAAAGUAAAAGUAAAGCUUUCUGUUGUGUUCCAAAUUGUAAUUCCAAAGCCAUACGCGAUCCCGAUAUAAGUUUUCAUGUAUUCCCACAUGAAAAACAGAUGAUUUUUCGUAAAUCAGAAUUCGGAGAAUCUCAGAAAUGUAACCGACGGAAAGAGUGGAUUCGACUGCUAAGAAUUGGCAAAAAAGUUACGAAGUAUAUGGUAGUAUGUUCGAAACAUUUUACUCUUGAAGAUUAUAUUUUGUCAUGUAUGCUAUCAUGUUUUUAUAAAUAUGUUUAGAUUAUUGUAAUUCGA